CACCCGGAAGUUGAGAGUCGGAAGUGGGGUUGGACAGGUUAUCCUCAGGGGUGGGGAAGCGCAGGCCCAGGAGGAGGGGGAAAAAGAAGGCCGAGGCUCCUGACUGUUAUUCUGAAUCCGAUACCGAUUCUCUUAGUCCCAGGGGCACUGAAAAAGAGAAGAGUCUCUCAUCCCACUUCCUCCCCACCUUGCCUCUCCUCAGCCUCAGCCAUGGCCGAGGCAGGGGCUGGGCUGAGUGAGACCGUCACUGAGACAACAGUUACCGUGACAACCGAACCCGAGAACCGGAGCCUAACCAUCAAACUUCGGAAACGGAAACCAGAGAAGAAAGUGGAAUGGACGAGUGACACUGUGGAUAAUGAACAUAUGGGGCGCCGUUCAUCAAAAUGCUGCUGUAUUUAUGAGAAACCUCGGGCCUUUGGCGAGAGCUCCACGGAGAGUGAUGAGGAGGAAGAGGAGGGCUGUGGUCAUACUCACUGUGUACGGGGCCACCGCAAAGGACGGCGUCAUUCAACUCCCGAACCGACCCCCACCACCCCUCCACAGCCCCCUGACCCUUCCCAGCCCCCACCAGGGCCAAUGCAGCACUAAAUUCCUCUCAUCCCUACCAUUCCUGUGUCCGGCUGGCCCUGAAUGUAUCCAUGUGGCUACUUAAGGACUAAACCCAUAGAUUGAUCCCUUCUCCAAGCCCUGCUCCUGUCUCCUCUGCCUGAUAGAUGGAAGGGGGAGGAGGGUAGAAGAGGGUAACCAGAGAUCCUGGAAUUCUGACUUGCUGCUAUUCUACAACCCACACUUCUGGGUUCUCCCAGCUCUCAUUUCUCCGGUAUUCAUCCUUCUCUCUCCAGGGUCCAAGCACCUUGGUCCCGGUCUCUUCCCUUCGUUUUCACUGCCAAACUGCCUGUCCUGGGAUCCACUUAUCUUGGCCCCCUGCUCUCUCUACUUGAGUCUCAAACACUUAGAUUGAGUUUCCAAUAGCUCCAGCCUUCACUGCCAGGGUCCCAGUCAGAUUCCAGGCAAUCUUGCCACAGCUAUGCUUGUUUUUCCUGGCUUAGAGCUCUUCUACUAAUGUAUUUAUAUAAUCCUAACUCUUACUCCUUGCCUGAGGAAUGGGAGGUCUUAUGGGAGACCUCAGGGUUCCCAGACUUCCCCUGCCCCUCCUGCCCAUCUCCUUGUGCCCUCAAGAGGAGUUAGGGAAGAGAGGUCUUUGUCAUUCUCACCAUUAAUGGAAACUAGAAAAUCAUGAAACUUCUAUCAUGUGAUCUAGGAUUUCUGACAGAGCUGGCUUCAAGACGGGUCACUUAGUGCCAACUCAGUCUUUGUCUUCCAACUUUGGAAAUAGAUCCAAUACAGUUCCAGGGGCCUGAGUCUUUGGGAGAGGGAAGGAAAGAGAGGGAGCAGUGAUAGGGGUAUAUCCCCUACUAACUCUUACCCCUACCUUCCUAAACUUUUGACACCUCUGCCAGCGCAGAUGUCCAGCCUUCCCCUCUUACUGGGAUCAGAAUGUUCUCCAGGCCUCUUGCCAUGCAUAAUUGCAGAGAUCAAUCAAUCCGUAUCACCACUGAGAUCUCAUUUAUUGCCACAGAUGCACAAAAUAAAUAACCCAACAUCACAAAAUGUGUUAAAUAUGGACCCAUUUAUACAUAUGGGGAAAGAGGUGAGGUUAUGUACAGGGAUGAAUUUGGGGUGUCCAGAUGAUUCCCAGGUUGAGGAAAGAAGAGGUAGCACCAUUGGUUCCUUACUAUGAAUAUGUGCAAAAGGGAGUUUUAAGUUUUUAAUGGGAAAAGGCUAUAGACAUAGAGAAGAGGGUGAAGUAGAAUUCACCUGCAAAGGACAUUAAGUUUCCUACAGGGCCCGAACACCAAGGCCAGGGUCAAUUCUCUUGGUUUUUGGUUUGGUUUGGUUUGAUUUAGGAAGAGGCUUUUGCUUCUCUUGAGGAAAACCCUCAGCAUGGACAGGGCAGGGAAGCCAAGUCAGCCCUUGGGAAAAGCAUUGGACCCUUUGAGACCAGGAAAGGUAUAGAUGGGAGGUAAAUAACUAGCAGGGCCUCUAGUAGUAAGCCUGGGCCAUUUACCAAUACUGAUGGGGCAGGGCCUUUCCCAAAUUGAGACCUGGAAUAGCUUAAGGUAGAAGGCCAGGGUCGAUUUGUUAGUGCCGGGUUGUACGGGAGAAGCGGCUCAAGAGGGCGGCAACAGGAAUAAAUUGGGCUUUGGUACUGGAUAUGGAAAGGAGGCAGUUGGGUUCUUAACACUUUGGGAGAGAAAAGAGACAGAGGGGGUGGGUGCUCAUUGGUACUCCCCACUGGGCCUGGGGACAUGAUCCCUGGAAUGAGCGGGCUUUCUGUGUCCAAGAGAAAGCAUCCUCCACGCAGGCCAGACCAGAUG